AUGUCAUGUUGGAUGGUUACUGGAGAGAGACAAGCGAUUCGAAUUCGAGGACUGUAUUUGAAGACAAUAUUGAGGCAGGAUAUUGCCUUUUUUGACACAGAAACAACAACUGGACAAGUCAUUGGAAGAAUGUCUGGAGAUACUUUUCUCAUUCAAGAUGCCUUGGGAGAUAAGGUUGGGAAGUUCAUUCAAUAUCUCUCGGCAUUCGUUGGAGGUUUCAUUAUCGCCUUCACAAAGGGAUGGCUUCUUUCACUAGUCUUGGUUUCUUGUAUACCUGCUCUAGUCAUUGCUGGGGGAGCCAUGGCAUCGAUCAUAUCCAAAAUGUCAAGUCGCGGACAAAUGACUUAUGCACAAGCUGGAGAUAUAGUGGAACAAACAGUUGGAGCAAUGAAAACAGUUGCAGCAUUCAAUGGAGAGAAGCUGGCAAUGAUUAAGUACGACAACACAUUAAAAAUUGCGUAUGCUUUUACUGUUCAACAAGGGCUUGUUUCAGGAGUUGGACUCGGCACAUUCUUACUUGUUCUUUUAUCUACUUAUGGACUUGCCAUUUGGUAUGGUUCUAAGCUGAUAAUAGAGAAAGGUUAUCGUGGUGGAGAUGUCAUCAAUGUUUUCAUGGCUAUAAUGAUUGGUGGAAUGUCACUAGGCCAAACAACACCAUCAUUGAAUGCAUUUGCAGCAGGACAGGUUGCAGCACUCAAAAUCUUUGAGACAAUCAGCAGGAAACCAUUGAUUGACACAUCUGACAUGAGCGGGGUUGUGUUGGAAGACAUCGAGGGUGAAAUUGAGCUUAAAGAUGUGUAUUUUAGGUAUCCAGCCAGGCCAGAUGUGCAAAUCUUUAGUGGAUUCUCACUUGUUGUUCCUAGUGGCAAAACGGUAGCUUUGGUCGGGCAAAGUGGAAGUGGGAAGUCCACUAUUAUUAGUUUACUGGAGAGAUUCUAUGAUCCUGAAGUUGGAGAAGUACUCAUAGACGGUGUCAAUUUGAAGAAAUAUCAACUAAAAUGGCUAAGGCAGCAGAUGGGAUUAGUAAGCCAGGAGCCUAUCCUGUUUGCGACUACCAUAAGGGAGAAUAUCAGUUAUGGUAAGGAAAAUGCUACUGAAGAGGAGAUUAGUGCAGCUAUUGAGCUUGCUAAAGCUGCUAAUUUCAUUGACAAAUUACCCCAGGGGCUAGACACAAUGGUAGGUGAGCAUGGAACACAACUAUCUGGUGGUCAAAAACAAAGACUGGCAAUAGCAAGGGCUAUUGUAAAGAACCCAAAAAUACUUCUCCUUGAUGAAGCUACAAGUGCACUUGAUGCUGAAUCAGAGCGAAUUGUCCAAGAAGCACUCGAGAAAGUCAUUGCGAAAAGAACAACUGUGGUUGUUGCUCAUCGUCUAACAACCAUCAGGAAGGCUGAUCUAAUAGCUGUACUACAUGAUGGCAAGCUACUAGAGCAAGGUAAUCAUGAUAAGUUGAUGCAAGAUCCAAAUGGGGCAUAUUCCCAGCUUAUGCGAAUGCAGGGAGGUGAUGAAGAAGAAAACAUGAUUAUGAAAAAUAUGGACUCUGACAAGGUAAAUAUAACCAUGAAAUUGGAAAACUUGAGCAGGUCAUCAAGCCCGCAAUUGUCAGCAGUGAAGCAAAUAACAAGCCAUGAGUCGUCUACACAUUCCUUCACACUCAGCUAUCCUGUUCGGGAGAUGAUUGAUAUUCAUGAAGCUAAAAUAGGAGAUGUGGAUAAAAAAAAAGACGAUGAGCAAAGUUCAGAGAAUCGAAAGAAAAUUCCUAUUAGGCGGCUUGCUGAACUAAACAAACCCGAGCUUCCAUAUGUACUACUUGGAUCAUUGGCUGCAAUUAUGCAUGGCCUAGUAAUGCCCUUAUUCGGACUCUUGCUCUCAGAAGCAAUUAAAUCCUUCUUUAAUCCUCCACAUAAGUUGAGAAAUGAAUCACAAUUCUGGGGACUCAUGUACGUGGGCCUCGGUGUAGUAAUUUGGCUAGUUAUACCUUUCCAGAAUUACUUAUUUGGAGUUGCAGGGGGGAAAUUGAUCGAGAGAAUCCGUUCUUUGACAUUUAAGAAAGUAGUCCAUCAAGAAAUCAGCUGGUUUGAUGACCCUGCAAAUUCAAGCGGUGCAUUGUGUGCAAGGUUAUCAAUUGAUGCUUCUACAGUCAGGACCGUUGUGGGUGAUGCACUGGCACUUAUUGUACAAAACAUGGCAACUGCAUUAGGCGGCCUUGCGAUUGCCUUCACUGCUAAUUGGAUUCUGUCAUUUAUAAUCCUUGUUGUAUUACCCUUAAUAUGUGCACCAGGACUCUUCCAGACCAAGUUCCACAGAGGCUAUACUGCGGAUGCUAAGGUGAUGCAUGAAGAAGCUAGUCAAAUAGCAAACGAUGCUGUUGGCGGUAUUAGAACAGUGGCAUCAUUCUGUGCAGAAGAAAAAUUGAUGGACAUGUACCAGAAGAAAUGUGAAGGUCCAACUAAGAAAGGAGUAAAGAUUGGAAUCGUUAGUGGAGCAAGUUUAGGUUUUGGUUCUUUUACACUUUAUUCUUCACUUGGCUUCUGUUUCUUCAUUGGAUCUGUCCUUAUUGAUCAUAGAUUAGCGACAGUUGACCAAGUUUUUAAGGUUUUCUUUGCAUUGAUAUUAGCAGCUGUUGGAAUUACUCAAAGUACUACAAUGGCUCCAAAUUUUAACAAAGCUAAAGAUUCUAUAACUUCUAUAUUUGACAUACUUGAUAGAAAACCCAUGAUUGACUCAAGUUCUGAUGUUGGCACCACUCUAGCUGCUGUUCAUGGAGAUAUUGAAUUCCGAUUUGUGAGUUACAGGUACGCUACUCGCCCAGAUGUCCAAAUCUUCAAGGAUUUAUGCCUAAUCAUCCCUUCUGGAAAGACUGUAGCUCUAGUGGGAGAGAGUGGUAGCGGGAAAUCAACUGUCAUUAGCCUAAUAGAGAGAUUCUAUGAUCCUGAAUCAGGGGAAAUAUAUUUGGAUGGUGUGGAAAUCAAACAAUUCAAUCUAAGUUGGCUAAGGCAACAAAUGGGACUGGUUAGUCAAGAACCAAUACUGUUUAACGAAACAAUUCGUGACAACAUUGCCUACAGUAGACAGGGGAAUGCAACAGAAGAAGAGAUCAUUGAAGCAGCAAAAUCAGCAAAUGCACACAACUUUAUAUCAUCAUUGCCUCAAGGAUAUGAUACAUCGGUUGGGGAAAGAGGGAUACAAUUAUCAGGUGGACAAAAGCAAAGAAUAGCUAUUGCUAGAGCAAUACUGAAGGAUCCAAAGAUCCUUUUGCUAGACGAGGCAACAAGUGCGUUAGAUGCAGAAUCAGAACGUAUAGUACAAGAGGCGUUGGAUCGAGUAAUGGUAAAUAGGACAACCGUGGUUGUAGCUCAUCGCUUAACCACAAUCAAAGGAGCAGAUAUCAUUGCUGUUAUGAAGAAUGGAAUCAUUGCUGAGAAAGGAAGCCACGCUGUUCUUAUGAAUAUUAAAGAUGGAGCUUAUGCAUCCUUAGUAGCAUUGCAUAUGACUUCAGCCUGA